UCAUCGCUUCUCCAGAGUUCUGCGUUUGGGUCGAUAAGAUACCUAGAUCACUGCACGAAAGCAUUCGAUUUCUCAUCCGCAAAAGCAUUGAAUCGUCCCUUUCUCCCAACGCUGCGUCUUGGUCGAUCUCUCGGUUCAAGUUUUUAACAGUCGGGCGAAAAGUAAGGUUUCUCUGGAAAGUAUGCAGAACAAUAACUCAUCCGGCAAUGACCAAAAGUUUCAAGUUCGAAAACUGGAGGUCUCAGAUAAAAGCAAAGGUUUCAUAGAGCUACUGCAGCAACUAAGUGUAUGUGAUUCUGUCUCUGACAAGGAAUUUGAGGAACGAUUUCAAGAGCUCAGCUCCCUUGGUGAUGAUCAUGUUAUAUGUGUAAUUGAAGAUGAUCAACUUGGAAAGAUCAUUGCAACUGGAAGUGUUUUCAUUGAAAAGAAGUUUAUACGGAAUUGUGGAAAAGUUGGACAUAUCGAAGAUAUUGUGGUUGAUUCCAAUGCCCGUGGCUUGCAAUUAGGGAAGAAAAUCCUUGGGUUUCUUACAGAGCAUGCACGAUCGAAGGGUUGUUAUAAGGUGAUUCUGGAUUGUAGUGCUGAGAACAAAGGAUUUUAUGAGAAAUGUGGCUUCAAACAGAAGGAAAUUCAAAUGGUGAAAUACUUCAUUUGACAAACACAAGCUUUUUGAUAUUCAUAACCCAAAUUUGAUCUCGUUUGUAGGGCAGAUUUAUUUGGAGAGUGGUGUGUGUUUUUGUUGCUUCAACAAUUGAAUCCACUCCUCAAAAUCAAAUCCCAGUAAAAGUUGUAUCUUAAUUAAGUCUCCAUGACUUUGGCUACUUC